AUGGAUCCGCUUUCAGACACAGCAAGCGUUAUUGAAAUCAUCCAAAUAAUAGAAGCCAUCACUCGGAUAUUUCGGAGGUAUCUCAACGUCGGUCGAGUUAAAGAAGUAUGGUGGGAUAUUUCCCUCUUACAGCGCCAGAUUGGUGCCUUGUCCCAGACACUCGAACCGCUUCAAACGCUUCUUCACAGCCAGAUACCGACACAAGCAGGCCUGCUUGAGGAUAUCGCCAAAUGCUCUGCAACUCUCAGCAGGCUACGGGACAAAAUCGACCCAGAAACAACGCAGACACUGCUAAGUAGAUGGGAAUUUCAACGAUGGACAUGGCCCAUGACAGCCAACGACGUAACCAACGUCAUUCGUGAAAUCGAGAGAUAUGAAUCCUCGUUUUGGCUAUCGUUGAUGCUGAGCAAGACGCAAUCUCAUCAUCUGGUUCAUCCAAAGAUAGACCUUAAAGGAGUGACAUUCAAUGACGAAAAUCAACGGAUCAAAUGCCUCCCAGGAACCCAGGUGGACGUACUUCGCAAGAUCGACAACUGGAUGAAGAGCCCUGGGAAGUGUCUAUUCUGGUUGACUGGUAUAGCUGGAUCGGGAAAGUCAACUAUUGCCCGGACAGUUUCAAGCUGUGCCAGGAGGCAGGGAAUCCUGGGGGCCAGCUUCAUCUUCAAAAGGGGCGAACAGGACAGAGGUAAUGCCAAACUACUCUUUUCAGCACUGGCUAAACAGCUAGGAGAUGCUAUACCUCAGCGGAGUUCCAGCAUCCAACAUGUAAUAGGGAAAAAUCCAGAUAUCGCAGGAAGAGGACUUGAGGAACAGUUCCAGAAGCUCAUCCUACAGCCACUUAUUGCCUUGAACCCGGGCCCAACUUCAACCAUACUGAUCGUGAUUGAUGCACUAGAUGAAUGCGACCAAGAUGGUGAUGUCCGAGACAUUCUAGAACUUCUACCCAGUGUCCAGGAAUCACGAUCAGUGCAGGUGCGAUUCCUGCUAACAAGCAGGCCUGAUCUACCCGUCAAGUUAGGGCUUCAACAUCUGAUCAUUCACGAGAUCCCUAAUCCUGCGAUAGAACACGAUAUCAGACUGUACUUGAAUAAUGAAUUCUCGCGGCUGCAGCAAGAGUGUGGCCUCCCAACUACUGGCCCGGGGACAAGAUGAUCAAUACACUGGUCGAGAGAACUGCUCCGUCCUUCAUUUCCACUACUACUCUUUUUCGAUUCGUUUGUGGCGACAGUGGGAGUGCUACAGAGCUCCUCGAAGCUAUCCUAAGUGACAAAACUAAGUAUACGACAAAGAUGGAGGGUACAUAUAUGCCC